AUGGAUGCUCUGUCAGUUCUCCAAGCACUGGAAAAUUCCAAACAAACAUCCAUCGCCAGGGCACUGUUCAGCCUAUACAAAUCAAGAGUUGUGUCCUUACAAUGGAUACCUGCACACUGUGGUGUACCUGGAAAUGAGAAUGCAGACAAAUUAGCCAAGCUUGGAGCUACAGAUAACCAGCCACAAAAUGCCAUUACUCACGAAGAGAAGGUGACAAUGAUCAAAGCACUGACAAAGCCAAGGCCAACCAAGGAUGACUACCACCUACUAGACAGACUUGAACAAGUCAUCAUCUUUAGGCUCCGCACAGGACAUAAUGGGUUAAAUGCCCACAUGUGCACAAAGCUUAAAUAA